UUUUCUCUUUCCUUUCGAUUUCAGCUCCAGAAUGCGCAUGAUACUGAUUAUGAGCAGUUGAGCACGGAAUCCGACUAGGAAAGAAAUGGCGGACACCCUCUCAGCCUUGAGGUCUCUUAUGGCUUCCCACUCUCCGCCUCUUGAUGCCUUGGUCGUCCCCUCCGAAGAUUAUCACCAGAGCGAAUAUGUAUCUGCACGAGACAAAAGGCGCGAAUUCGUCUCCGGAUUCACUGGAAGUGCUGGGUUGGCACUUAUUACAAAGAAAGAAGCACUGCUGUGGACGGAUGGAAGGUAUUUUUUGCAGGCAACACGAGAGCUUAGUGAUCAGUGGAAGCUAAUGCGUAUUGGUGAAGAUCCUGCUGUAGAUAUCUGGAUGGCUGAUAACUUGCCGAAAGAUGCAUCCAUUGGAGUGGACCCUUGGUGCAUUUCAAUUGAUACAGCCCAAAGAUGGGAGCGUGCUUUUGCCAUAAAACAGCAGAAGCUGGUUCAAACGACAAAAAAUUUGAUAGAUGAAGUAUGGAUAAACCGACCACCUGCAGAGAUUAAUGCUGUUAGUGUACACCCAUUGGAAUUUGCAGGUCGUUCUGUUGCAGAUAAGUUGAAAUUUUUGAGAGAAAAACUUGGGCUUGAAAAAGCUCACGGUAUAAUUUUCACAGCACUUGAUGAAGUUGCAUGGUUGUACAACAUUCGUGGGAGUGAUGUGGCAUACUGCCCUGUAGUUCAUGCAUUUGCUAUUGUGACAUCCAAUUCAGCUUUCUUUUAUGUGGAUAAGCAAAAGGUGUCUGCUGAGGUGAAAACUCAUUUGGAAGGUAAUGGAAUUGAAAUUAGAGAGUACACGGCAGUGAGUUCCGAUGUGGCAUUAUUGGCAGUAGGUGAGCUUGAUGCUGUGUCUACUGUUAGAGGAACUUCAACUGAACUUACAGAGGACGCAAGCAAAGCUCUCAGUGGGGCUGGAACAAGAGUAAAUGGUAGUUCUCAAGCAGAUAGUGGUACCGACCUCAUAUGGGCUGAUCCGGGUUCAUGCUGCUAUGCACUGUAUUCAAAAUUGAACCCUGAUAAGGUUCACUUGCAGCAAUCACCUGUGGCCUUAGCGAAAGCUUUAAAGAAUCCAGUGGAGUUGGAAGGUUUGAGAAAGGCACAUAUUCGGGAUGGUGCAGCUGUUGUACAAUAUCUUGUUUGGUUGGAUGCGAAGAUGCAGGAUAAUUAUGGCGCAUCUGGUUACUUUAUGGAGGGUACUGAAGUGACCAAGGAAAAACAUUUGAAGUCCUUGAAGCUGACUGAGGUGACUGCAAGUGACAAGCUUGAGGGUUUUCGGGCAUCAAAAGAGAAUUUCAGAGGAUUGAGCUUCCCAACUAUUUCUUCAGUUGGACCAAAUGCAGCUAUCAUUCAUUAUUGUCCUCAGGCAGAAACAUGUGCUGAGCUGGAUCCAGACAAAAUUUAUCUUUUUGAUUCUGGAGCCCAGUAUCUAGAUGGAACAACUGAUAUAACACGAACAGUUCAUUUUGGAAAACCUUCGGCACAUGAGAAAGCAUGCUAUACAGCAGUCCUUAAGGGUCACAUUGCUCUUGGGAAUGCUAGGUUUCCUAAUGGGACAAAUGGUCAUGCACUUGAUAUUCUUGCUCGAGUUCCUCUGUGGAAAGAUGGCCUUGAUUAUCGACAUGGUACUGGUCAUGGCAUUGGGUCUUACCUGAAUGUUCAUGAAGGACCCCAUUUAAUCAGUUUUAGACCACAAGCUCGAAAUGUACCAUUGCAAGCUUCAAUGACUGUAACCGAUGAGCCUGGUUACUAUGAAGAUGGAAAAUUUGGAAUAAGAUUGGAGAAUGUGCUUAUUGUCGAAGAGGCUGAUACAAAAUUCAAUUUUGCUGAUAAAGGAUACUUAUCAUUUGAACACAUUACCUGGGCCCCUUACCAGAAGAAGUUGAUUGAUCCUAGCCUUCUUGCACCUGAUGAGAUAGAUUGGCUAAACUCUUAUCACUCCAAAUGUAGAGACAUGCUAGCGCCAUACUUGAAUAAAACUGAAACUGAAUGGCUGAAGAAGGCCACUGAACCUAUCAGUGUGUGAGCUAUAUAUUUGGAUAUUCAGCAUCAAACUUGCCUCUACUUAGCUUGUCAGCUGUCUUCCCUCUUGAGUAGUUAUUUCUUAUUAUUGGGAGUUUAUAUAUUUUGCUGAUUAGCUUACUAUCCAGCAUCAGUACUAUUUCUGUGUUAGUGUUAAUUGGUUUACCGUAAAUAAGAUGAACCACUUCAGCUGUGUCUAA